AUGAUGGACAUCAAUUCACUCCUUUCGCCGCAGGAUGCCAAUUCACAGUCCGGGCGUUCAACGCCCUCCGCGGCUUCUUCCUCCGUACCGACCUCUGCUCCGACCUCUGCUCCUCCCCCUCCGAAGCCCUUGCGAAAGAAUCGCCCCGGCUCGAACAAGCAGGGCAUGACUUCUUCGCCGCUCGCGCAGCACGUCUACGCCCAUUCUCACCUCCCUGAACCCUCGCCGCCCGCGAUAAGUCCCAAGGUCGGCCCCAACGUGGGAGGAGGGAAUGGGACCCCCCCGGCAACUGAUCUGCCUCCCCCAAGACAACCUUCUACCCCCGGAAUGGAUACACUGGCAGAUCUGGCGUCAAUGCAGCAUCAUCAGCCGCAGCGAUCCAAUGCCCCCAUCCUGCGCAGCACCGAGUCGUACGAAAGCCAGCUGUCCCCUUCCACCAUGUACCCCCACGUCAACACCAUUUCUCACAACACCCCUACCCCGCGCUCCUCAUUCGACAUCGCCAUGUCGGAUGGUCCGCGUGAAAGCGCUCGUCGGAGUUAUCUCGACACGUCCUUGGUCCCUUUUGCUCAGCGACAGGCCACGGAGCUCUUUUCUCAGAUCCAGGAAAAUCCCCAGUCGUACGACGCGCACGUUCGCUUCGUUCGCCUUCUGCAUGCAGGAUUUGUCAAUCACGUAUACCCCCCGAAUAAUCCUGACAUCCACGGCGAUCCCCGAAAGUAUGAUCUUCUCAAGGACAUGCGGACGGCUCGGGAGGAGAUGGACAAGUUGUUCGCCAUGGGUGAGGAUCUCUGGGCGGAGUGGAUCCAGGACGAAAGCAUGUUGGCACAAUCGGUCGAAGAGCGCAUUGCGGUUAUGGAGCUCUGUCAGCGAUCGAUCGAGGAAGAAUACGGCAGCACUAAGCUUUGGGGCAUCUACGGCGAAUGGCUCCUAUAUCUUUACAACUCCGCCAACGGAGAUGCUAGUCAGAGUCAGUGGACCGAAGAAGACCGCUUGGUCGGUCGCGAAGUUUUCUCUUGGCAGUCCGUCAUCGACGUGUGGCAACGAGGUGCCGAAUCGACGCGCUGGAGGAUCCACGACAGCCAUUUGGUUUGGGACCGUUUCCUCGAACUGCUCACGCAAGAUGUUUCCCGCAAUCCGUCCCAGGACAAGGUCAACCAUGUGAGAGGGGUUUUUGACCUCCGCCUUGCGACCCCUCACGCCACCUGGGACUCGACCUUCCAGAUGUUUUCCGGGUAUAUUUCGACUUACUACAACGCAAACUAUGAAAACAUAAUGGCAGAGACAGUCGGAAAAUACGCCACAGCUAGCAAGGAUACAUAUUCCGCCCGCGAGGAUUUCGAGAUUCGGUUGCGCGACGUGUCUGAGGCGCGUGAUAUGGGCCAAGAAUGGACCUUGUUCACCGAGUACAUUGAAUGGGAGCUGAGCCGCAACCGCAGGAAGCGGCACACGAAUUUUGACUUGGUCAACGCUCUUUACCAGCGCGCCGUGCUGCGCUUUCCAACCGACGCUAAUAUGUGGGAAGAAUUCAUCAUGUUUCUCAUCGACGAGUCCAUGCACGGCAAUACCAACACCACCACGAUCUCUACGCUCGACCGCGCGACUCGGCACUGCCCUUGUUCUGGUAGCCUGUGGUCACAGUACCUGCUCAGCUCAGAGCGGGAAGGGCAGUCGUUUUCCAAGAUUGCCGACAUCAAGCACAAGGCAACAAGUACGGGCCUGUUAGACGUCGGUGGGAUGGAGGAAGUGCUCAAGGUGCAUACGGCUUGGUGUAGCUAUCUCCGGCGGCGAGCUUUCCUAUCCGACUCCACUGACGAAGACAUCGACGUGGCAGAGGUCGGGAUCCGCUCUGCGAUCGAAAGCGUCCAGGAACUGGGCGAGAAGAAGUACGGCCGAAACUACCAGGGCGACCCAUUGUUCCGUUUGGAACGCAUCUACAUCCGUUAUCUGAGCGAGAGCGGCAGCUGGGACAGUGCGCGGGAGACAUUCAAGGGUCUCGUGGGACGCCGGGGUAACAGUUACGAGUUCUGGCUGACCUAUUACGAGUGGGAGCUGAUCUCCUGGAGCAAGUUCGUCCAAAACGAAACGUCGAUUGAUGCCGCCCGGCGCACCCCGAACCCCAGCUACGCCACCGCCGUGCUGAAGCAGGCCAUUAAGCGGACGGACCUCGACUGGCCCGAGAAGAUCAUGCAAACCUACAUUGCACAUUGCGAGGAUUACGAAGACUCGGAUGAGCUGCAGCUGGCGAUUCUCGAGACCCGCAAAGCGAUGAGGGCCGUGACCGCCCGCCGCGAGCGUGAUGCAAGGGAGGCGAACGCGCGGCAGGCUGAACAAGCUGCAGUAGUGGAUCAAAGCACGCAGGCCGAGAAGCGCAAACGGGAGGAGGAGACCAGUGUGAACGGGUUGCCUGCCAAACGAGCUCGUGCAGAGGAAGCUGCACCAUCGAUUUCUGACACAGCAGAGCCGGUCGCGCUUCGUCGCGAUCGCGAAAAUGCGACGGUUGUUGUCAAGAAUCUGCCCCAGGGCAUCACCGAGCACAAGGUUCGACAGUUCUUCCGCCAUUGCGGUACGAUCAAUAGUGUCAAGAUGCUUUCCAGCGAGGACGGCAAGUCGGAGACCGCCAUCAUUGAGUUCAACUCCAAAGAUGAGGCGGUUGUGGCGCAGACGCGCGAUCAAAAAAUCAUUGACGAGCAUACGAUUGAGGUUCAAUUCGGGUCGGGGUCAACGUUGUUUGUUACCAACUUCCCCGCUACGGCCGAUGAACAGUACAUUCGUGACCUGUUCCGUGAGCACGGCGAGAUCAUCGAUAUCCGCUUCCCAUCACUCAAGUAUAAUACGCACCGGCGAUUCUGUUACGUGCAGUUCAAGACGGCCGGAGAAGCUUACAGCGCUACGAAGUUAGACGGGGCGACAGUGGGCAAUGGCCUGCAUCUGGUUGCUAAGAUCUCGGAUCCGACCCGCAGGCAGGACCGCCACGGGCCAAUGUACGAGGGACGCGAGAUCCAUGUGUCGAACCUGGAUUGGAAAGCCAGUGAGCAGGACGUGGAGGAGUUGUUCCUACGCUUCGGAACUGUGGAGCUUGUGCGCAUCCCACGCAAGGUGGACGGUGGCAGCAAGGGCUUUUGCUACGUGGUUUUCUCUUCCAAGGAGGAAGCCGAGGCGGCGCUGGCAAUGCACGAGCAAGAGUUCCGGUCGCGACCCCUUCACGUGAAACUGUCUACCCCGCAAGGGGCCAAACGGAGCGCGACGACCAUCUUGUCUCGCGUGGGAUCAUCCCGGUCCCCGUCGGUCGAGGUCAACGGCGGCAGGCGUGAGGCCAGUGAGGAGGUACCGAACAGUGAACGGACGGCACGCACCCUUGGUCUGAUGAAUGUCCCGGACACGGUCAACGAUGCCCGUAUCCGGGCCCUCGUCGAGCCGUACGGCAAGCUGAUCAAGAUCGUGCUGCGGCCCGAUCACCAAGGCGCGAUUGUCGAGUUUGCAGAUGUCCACCAAGCGGGCAAGGCGUCCCUAGAGCUGGAGGGGCAGGAGAUCACUCCGGGACGGAAACUGCACGUGGGCACAGUGCCGGAGAUGUUGAAGAAAUCGGCGGAGAAAAGGGGCGGCGGGCCCGGCCAAGGCGGCAGCAAGUCCAAGGACAAGCCGGGCGGACUCUUCCCGCUCGCGGGGCCGAUCAAGCGCCCUCCACAGCCGGGGACGCGAGGCGGUAAACGCGGCGGCCUGGGCGUGAAACGAGCAACGGGCGGACCUUCGGCGGCGACGAGCUCGCAGAAUGGCCGAAACGCGACGACGACAACGACCACGACGAUGACGACCGACAGCGCAACCCCGGGCGAGGGGCAGACCACGAAAAAGAGCAACGAUGACUUCCGUGCCAUGAUCCAGCGGAGUCGAGCGGGAUGA